UCUUAAUUUGGUAAGAAAGGAGGAGAAAAAUCAGGAGCGGCGUGGAGUUGCUAGGACCGGCCGGCGAGGGAGUUUGGUGAACAAUGGCGACUGUGGCGCCGCCUUCUUUAAUCUUCAAAUUUCGUUCUCCCACUGCCUUUAAUGGCCGAACCGCCGUUCAUUUUCCCCGUUCUUCCACCGCUUUCUUCAAUCCUCGUACUCCAUUUUCCAUGGCCGCGUCAACCGAGUCCACGUCUCAGACUGUAGCGUCCGGCGAUGCUAACAGCAAUGAAAUUGAUAUCUCGAAGUUGAUUCAAGCUCACCAGGAGAAUGCGGCUCGGCUUUCGCCAGCUGAAGAGAUUCGAACUUUGUUGGAUCAGAGCGUGCGCGGCAUGCUCUCCACCUUUUCCCGGAGCUUUGAAGGUUAUCCAUCUGGGUCUCUUGUUGACUUUGCAUGUGAUGCUGAUGGAACUCCAGUACUUGCUGUAAGCAGCCUAGCAGAGCACGCUAAGAAUUUGGCAACUAAUCCAAAAUGCUCGUUGCUUGUGGCAAAACAACCUGAAGAUAGGGGAACUUUAGUGGUCACUCUUCAUGGUGAUGUGGUGUCUGUUUCUGAAGAAGAUAGACCUGCUGUUCGUGCUGCAUAUUUGUCCAAGCAUCCAAAUGCAUUUUGGGUUGACUUUGGUGACUUCCAAUUUGUGUACAUCAAACCAAAAGUGAUACGAUACGUGUCUGGGGUUGCAACAGCUUCUUUAGGUUCAGGAGAACUAAGUGGUGAAGAGUACAAGGCAGCAAAAGUUGAUCCAAUAGCUCAAUUUUCAAAGCCUGUCACGUCUCACAUGAAUAGAGAUCAUACUGAAGAUACAAAGAUCAUUGUGAGACACUGGACAUCCAUUCCGGUUGAUUCGGCCAUCAUGCUGGAUUUGGAUAGCCUUGGUAUUAAUGUCAAGGCCAGUUAUCAGGGGGAUUCAUUUAAGCUCCGUGUACCUUUUCCGAGACGAGCAGAGAACAGAAAGGACGUCAAGACUCUUGUGGUCGAAAUGCUAGAAGCUGCUAAGCCUCAUGUUUAACCGUCUCCACAGGAAGAUGUUCAAGAUAUUCUCUGUCCAAUGCUUAAAUAAAACUUGUCAUAACUUCUCUGACUUAAUCUUGGCAAUUGGCAUCUUAAAGUAUUAACAUUGCCUCUCAUAAAGUAGUUUUAAAGUUAUACAUGGUAUCUGAGAAUCUGUAGAAUCUGAUUAAAAAUUGAAAUGUUUACUUGUAAAUUCAUUUUAUUUUAUAUUUUGUGAAUUAAAUGGCAGGGUGGAUUUUAGGUCAAAA